AUGGCAGCCGCUCCCGCUGCUUUGGCCAAUGCCAUCCCUGAGAAGAAGCCAGAGGGUGCCGCCCUUUACGCUCGGUUCUCCUUUGCCGGUGCCGUCUGCUGUUCCGUCACCCACGGCGCCUUUACUCCAGUCGAUGUCGUCAAGACUAGAAUCCAGCUCGACCCCGCCACCUACAACCGUGGUAUGAUCGGUGGUUUCCGUCAGGUCAUUCAAAAGGAGGGUGCCGCUGCUCUCUUGACUGGUGUCGGCCCAACCUUUGCUGGUUACUUCCUGCAGGGUGCUUUUAAAUUCGGUGGUUACGAAUUUUUCAAGAAGCAAGCCAUUGACAUCCUCGGCCUCGAAAAGGCACGCCAGAACCGUGCUCUCGUUUACUCUGCCUCUGCUGCCAGUGCUGAAUUCUUUGCCUCUAUUGCCCUCUGCCCUCUCGAGGCUACCCGUAUCCGUCUCGUCUCUGAGCCAGGCUUUGCCAAGGGCCUAAUCAGUGGUUUCGGCAAGAUUCUCAAGAAUGAGGGUAUCGGCGCUUUCUACAGCGGUUUCGGACCUAUCCUGCUUAAGCAGAUUCCCUACACUGUGACCAAAUUCGUUGCUUAUGAAAAGGUUGCCGAGACUAUUUUCGGAUACCUUGAUAAGUCUAAGCUGUCGAACAGUGCCCAAACCGGUGUCAACUUGGCAUCUGGUCUCAUGGCUGGUUUCGCUGCUGCUAUCGUCUCUCAGCCUGCUGAUACUAUGCUUUCCAAGAUCAACAAGACUAAGGGUCUACCUGGUGAGAGCAUCGUCUCCCGCCUCGUCAAGAUUGCUGGUCAGCUUGGUAUCCGUGGUGCCUUCGCUGGUCUUCCUACUCGUUUGUUCAUGGUUGGCGGUCUUACUGCUGGUCAAUUCGCCAUCUACGGUGACAUCAAGAAGGCUCUUGGUGCUACCAACGGUGUUGAAAUCGCCAAAUAA